CGUUCAUACCUUUGGCCUCUCUGUCGGAAGCGGUGUACACGUUCAAUUUGGAUUUAGUCGAUAACUUCGCGUGGGAUCUGAAGCGCUGUAAAGGAGGAACUGUCUAACUACAGAUUCAGGAACUUCCCCUUCUUUCUCCUGGAUACCUGUCGCAGUUGCAAAUGAGAACUUGUUCUCAACUGGCCUACCUGGUUAAAUUAAAACAAUCUUACCCAAAUGCAUGAUGGGGGUCUGCCACAACUUCUGGACCCAGCGCCCCCCACCUGACGCCCAUGAUGCCCAGCCCCUCAUCGCUAAACAAUGCAGUACUGAUGAUGGCCAGAAGGGGGCGGACAAAACACAGCUCAAAAAGAGACGCUGGUGUCGCAACAGCUGCCUUUGCCUGUUUCUGUUCCUGGUCGUGAUGAUGAUUGUGGUCAUCCUGGCAGUUGACCUCAAAGAAAGGAUCUCACCUUCAACAACCAAGCCAGCAGCAAACAUGUCAGUUGCGAUUCUGGCCGCUCCUCCCCCGUACGUGUCCCGAGGACCGUACCAUGUACAAUACCCACAUGAGUACUCCUUCAUCCUGGAUGAGCCAGAGAAAUGCCGGGAGCAGAACCCCUUCCUGGUUCUGAUGGUGCCAGUGGCGCCCUAUAACAGGGAGGCCCGUGAGGCCGUCCGCAGGACUUGGGGCAGUGAGAGGCAGGUACUGGGCAAAGAGGUCCGUCUGUUCUUCCUGCUGGGACUGCCCAGUGGAGAGGAGACAGAGCAGCUCCAGGAGAAGGUGCUGCAGGAGAGCAAAGAGCACCAGGAUCUGCUGCAGAGCGACUUCAUAGACAGCUACAAAAACCUGACCAUCAAGACCAUGGUGAUGAUGGAGUGGCUGAGCUCUCGCUGCCCCAACGCCUCCUACGCCAUGAAGAUCGACUCAGACAUGUUCCUCAACGUGAACACCUUGGUCAACAUGCUGCUUCACGCUCCAAAGCAGAACUACCAGACUGGACUAGUGGCCCGACGGGGCGCUGUUCUAAGAGACCAUAACUCCAAAUGGUACCUUCCAAAGGAGGUGUUUCCUGAACCGGUAUAUCCACCUUAUGCUCUGGGCCUGGGCUAUGUCUUCACCUUAGACCUCCCCAGGAAGCUGGUGGAGGCGUCCAGGCAUGUUAAAGCCGUCUACAUAGAGGAUGUGUAUCUGGGACUGUGUAUGAGACACCUGGGCAUCCGGCCAACUGACCCCCCCAGUGGAAACCUUUUUCAGGGGUAUGCAGGAGCCCAGGACCGCUGUCACUACAUGGCUGUUAUCACAACCAUCCUCAACACUCCUCAGGAGCUUCUGGACGUGUGGAGAAACUUGCACCAACCUGGGCCUGUCUGUCAUUGAAAACAACACUCUGGGAAAGACAAAUAGCCUUGAGGUUAGAGCGUUGGGCCAAUAACCCAAAAGGGGGAUGGUUCCAAUCCUGGAGCUGACAAAAUGGCAAAUCUGUCACUGUGCCUUUGAGCAAACACUUAACCCCAGUGCUCCAUGGGUGCUGGACAAUGGUGUCCCUGACCGUGACCCCGCUCCCUGUGGGUGUCUUGUUUGAGCUGUGACUUUCUCUUGGAUGCUUUUCUCUGGGAGUGGUAGAGAGGGAUCACCUUAUCCCUGUGUUUCUAUGGGUGUGGUAGAUAAGGAUUGCCUUAUCUCUGUGUUUCUGUGGGUGUGGUAGAGAAGGGUCACCUUAUCUCUGUGUUUCUGUGGGUGUGGUAGAGAAGGAUCACCUUAUCUCUGUGUUUCUGUGGGUGUGGUAGAGAAGGAUCACCUUAUCUCUGUGUUUCUGUGGGUGUGGUAGAGAAGGGUCACCUUAUCUCUGUGUUUCUGUGGGUGUGGUAGAGAAGGAUCACCUUAUCUCUGUGUUUCUGUGGGUGUGGUAGAGAAGGGUCACAUUAUCUCUGUGUUUCUGCCGUGGUGGAAAAGGUACUCAAUCAUCAUACUGUAGUAAAAGUAAAGCUACUUUAAUAGAAAAUGACUCAAGUAAAAGUGAAAGUCCCCCAGUAAAAUACGACUUGAGUAAAAGUCGAAAAGUAUUUGGAUAG